AUGUCCGAUAUUAACGAGAUCAUAAAUUUUUUCCGUAACGAUGAUUCACAAGAGCAAAAACAGCGCGACAGAGAAUUACGUGAGCGUCAUAAAAAAUCGAGAGAUAAGUAUGAAAAUAUGAAAUAUAAGCAAUUAUGGAAAAUGAGAUUAGCAAAACAUAUAAUUAAUGACUUGAAAAAUUACGGACCAGCUAAUUUAAUUCACGUAAACGCAUUAAGUUCUCUUACAAAGAGACCCAUCCGAAUAUGGAAAUCAAUGAAUAAUUUGUAUCGAAUAAUAAAUGAUCAAACGAAUGAAAGUUCAAAUGAGAAUUUUAUCGAUAUCGAAUACCAUGAACAAUCAUUAAAUUCUGUAGGACAUUGGACAUUAUUGAACAAUAAAGAUCCUAUUAAUGUCGAACUUGAUCUAAACGCGUGUCUAUUCGCAGUCAUCGCUGCUCAAAUUGGAAAAAGCACUAAUGAUCUAAGAAAUAACAUAAUUGAUUUUUUAACUAAUAAUAUCAAACAAUUGAUCGAUCAAAUCGAUGAAUUUAUAUCCUUAGAUAAUAACAAUGAAAAAUUAUUAAUGAUUGGUGGUGCUCGAUAUAUUGGCACAUCACCUAAAGCAGCAGGUAUCAUACUUGAUAAAUCGCAAAAUGUAUUUAGUCAUACAUGUAAGGCUUAUGGACAUCCCAGAGGUCAUGCAUCCAAUGCAGCUGCUACGGGACCGUGCGAUAGCGUAGAAAAUUAUUCGCGAACAACGAAUUCAAUGAAAUCUGGUUUUUUAAACAAAUCUGAUCAAAAUAAUGUUGCCCAUCUCGCUUUAAGUCAUGAAGUGGCGCAACAAGCGAUGCGAGAAUUGAAUAAUGGAGCAACAUCCAUGACAGUAACACUUUCACGACGAGAUCUGCAGAAAAAUCAUCGUGCAUUACCAAAAAUGAGGGAAUAUUAUAAUGGUGAACCAUAUUCCGAAGAAUUAGAUAUUAUCCAAGUUACGUUAGUAUUGCGACAUCAUCAAGAUAAAUAUAAUGAUCCAAAUGCAGAUGUUUUUGUACAUACAUGUUUUCCAAGAAGUUCUUAA